CGUCUCUCUGGAAAUAAGAACAAGUAACGAUAAUUAUUUUAAACGCCACUCAAUGGGAAAAUACACAGGCGAUUAUGUCGUUUGGUUAUAAUCAUCGGUGAAUAAUUUCUACAUCGACGAAUACAGUGAAAAUUUUUACGCGAUCUCAAUUCGGGAUCAAGUACAGUAAACGAUAUCUAAACCUCAGUCUGAAAUCCGGUUACAUGUAUGCGGCAUUUGUGCUACCGCCGGGUAAUGUGACGUUAAUAGUACCGGAAAUUGGAGUUUGAGUUUGUUGAUGAGGUGUUAAUAAGUUCGAUUUGAAGAAAAGUUCGUUCGUUAAUUAAUCCUCACUUUCGACGUAUUAUAAUCAAGGCAGCAAGCAUCAUGGACAUAGCCGGAGGUGCAGCGGGAACGAACGCUUCGCUUGAACUAAAAACGCGUAGAGCCCAAUUUCAACCACAGACAUCAACAGUCGCUACGAGACGUAGGCAGGCGAUAUGCGUUAGAAGGGCCUUCAAAAAAUACGGUCCAAAAAAGAAUCCGAAUGUCAUUUUGGACGGGCUAAACAUGACUGUGCCAAAGGGUUCGAUCUACGGAUUGCUCGGCGCGAGCGGAUGUGGAAAGACGACGUUGCUUUCCUGCAUCAUCGGCAGACGACGGUUAAACUCCGGUGAAAUAUGGGUCCUGGGCGGUCGUCCUGGCUCCAAGGGAUCCGGAGUUCCGGGACCUCGGGUGGGUUACAUGCCUCAAGAGUUAGCACUGUACAGCGAAUUCUCGAUACGAGAAACGUUCAUCUUCUUCGGGUGGUGCGCAGGCAUGACGACCCAGCAGGUUGACGAGAAGCUCGAAUUCCUGCUCAAGCUGCUCCAGCUACCGGGAGAAGAUCGUUUCGUAAAGAGCUUGUCGGGAGGCCAGCAGAGGCGAGUCUCGUUCGCAGCGGCGCUGCUUCCAGAUCCAGAGUUGCUGAUCCUGGACGAGCCGACGGUCGGUGUGGACCCGGUGCUGCGGCAGAGCAUCUGGGACCACCUGGUUACCAUAACUAGAGACGGGAACAGAACUGUGAUAAUAACUACUCACUAUAUAGAGGAGACGAGGCAGGCCAGCAUCAUCGGUUUAAUGAGGGGGGGUAAAUUCCUCGCCGAGGAAUCGCCCACCAGACUAAUGGCCAUGCACAGACUCGACACCCUCGAGGAGGUUUUCCUCAAGCUAAGCCGCAAGCAGAACAUGGGACUGAGAAGAAGGAGCAGCAUCCUUAGCAGCGUCGUCGGUGUUCCUCCUGAAGUGAACAUAGACGACGAGAUGAGCGGAGAGUUUGGUGACAACGUCAGUAUAUCGAGCCGACGAAGAAGCAUCGCGAUAACCCCAACCGACGACGAUAUGGUUCUCGAUCUGCCACCCGAGGAAAAGGGAUCGAAAUCGUCAUUCAAAAUGCUGGAUCCUUGUCACAUGAAAGCUCUGAUAUGGAAGAACUUUUUAUGGAUGUGGCGAAAUUUCGGCAUAAUGGCUUUCGUUAUCGGAUUGCCAGUGGUGCAAAUAAUUCUGUUUUGCUUAUUGAUCGGAAAGGAUCCGGUCGGACUGAAACUCGCUGUAGUAAACAAUGAGCUCAACAAUUCAUUGGAUCCGUGCACGGUUUACGACGGAUGUGACAUGACGCUACUGAGUUGUCGGUACAUGCAGCAUUUGAAAGAGAGAAAGGUCGUUCUCGUUCCGUACGAAACCGACGAGAAGGCUAAAUAUGCGUUAAAGAAGGGAUGGGCAUGGGCGGUGUUGAACUUCCCUUCAAAUUACUCCGAGUCUCUUAUCGAUCGAAUCGACCAUGGCAGAGACGCCGACGAAUGGAGCAUCAAGUAUUCGGAUGUCGAUGUUACGAUGGACAUGUCGAAUCAGCAAAUCGGGCAGCUACUUCAAAGGGAUCUGCUAUACGCUUUUAUGGACUUCGCUAAAAAUGUUUCGCACGAUUGUCACUACAAUGAAAAAGCUACCGCCAUUCCGAUGGAUUUUCGAACGCCAAUUUAUGGACCCAAGGAACCCAACUUCACGGACUUUGCUGCACCCGGAAUUAUAUUGACGAUCAUUUUCUUCCUUUCCGUUGCUUUGACGUCUGGAGCGCUGCUUCUUGAAAGAAACGAAGGUCUAAUGGAAAGAAGUUUAGUUUCCGGUAUCACCGGUACGGAGAUUUUGUUCGGCCAGGUGGUGACCCAGUUCGUUGUUAUGUGCGGCCAAACAUUGAUGGUCCUAGUCUUUUCGUUCGCGGUAUUCAAGCUGACAUGUCAUGGCAGCAUCGCUUUGGUGACGGUUCUGACGGUGCUGACGGGGCUCUGUGGAAUGUGCUUCGGUUUCGUGGUUGCCUGUGCCUGCGACAACGAACGAAGCGCAACUUACAUGGCGAUGGGUUCUUUUCUGCCAAUCGUCAUGCUCUGUGGGAUUAUUUGGCCAGUCGAGGGGAUGAAUCCGGUCCUCAGAUACAUCAGCUUUAUCUUGCCGUUGACGAAGAGCACAGAGUCAAUCAGGGCGAUGCUCGGUAAAGGAUGGCCCAUAUCUCAGCCAGCCGUUUACGACGGUUUCAUCUCCACGUUCCUGUGGAUAAUAAUAUUCCUCACAUUAUCGAUAUUGCUGAUUAAGUUCAAGAAGGGUUAAUUAUGUAGGUAAAUCAAUUGGCGAUCCUCCUCAUCGCACUCCAUCCUCAUUGUACUUUGUUUAACUAGCGCUCAUCUACAAGCGACGAAACUAUCAAGGCGUUUAUUUAAAUCAUGCAAAUUGUUAUUUCUACGGUAGAACCUCGCUUAUCCGACAUUCGAUUAUCCAAGGUUCCGCAUUAUCCGAGACGCCUAUCUCACCCGAGCACGCUGCAUUCACCAAUGUGUAUAUCUUCGGAUAAUACGGAGAACCUUGGAUAAAACUGAACAAUCCGCUAUGCCUUAUGUGUAUGAAAUACUUUUGUGUCGCAUCUUUAUUUGAAUACGGAUAAACUUGUAAAAGUUUCUUGCGAUUUGUGACAUUGCGAGCAAUAAUCGCGACAGUUCCGAUUCUGGAAGCUAGGGUAAAACAUCGUAAUGGCAUGGAUUGUACAUGUUUUCCGUAUUAUCAGAAAUUUCACGCAUCCGAGUUAUGCUCUCCCCAUAUUACCUCGGAUAAACUAGGUUCUAUUGUAUUUCUAUCUUCUUUUUUCACAUCAACUUCGAUUUGCUAUUAUCUAAUUUUUCUUCGCAACAGCAUCGAUAACGCGAUUUAAAAGAUAUUUUCGACCGAUCAAUUAUUGUAUAAAUUAUGUGAUUUACUGAUAUAGCGGAUUAUUUAUAGGGUAUCACGUAUCUACAGUCGGUUCAAUAAGUUUUAUGUAUACACAUAUCCAUUUUUGUUUGAUACGUAUAAAAAAAAGUAUUCAACGCAUCUCAAAGUGACGAUGUUGUUCCAACGUGUGUGAAUAAUAUAGUAUGUAAUUCAACAAAAUAACUGUACAUUGGAACGCAAUUGAAUAGAUAUUACUAUACCUAUUAUGUGUACUUGUGAGCUAUGUGGACUCCUGGAAUCGAGCUUAUAUUUUGUAUAAUAUAACAAUGUGUAAUAAAGAAGGUAAUUAAUUAUAUAAUCAUAAUAAUGCGUUUGAAAAUAUGUAUCUGAGAUACUAAUCGAACCCGCUGUAUACAUUUUUUCAAACAAUUACUUCUAUGAUCAUGUCAUUACUUGUUUAUACAGGUGACUUUCUUUUAGUUCAAUUCAAUAGUUUUUGUAGUCUGUGACUUUUAAGUUAUAAGUAGAAAUAUGUUAAUUAAUAUGUACAUUUGAUAAUUACGUAAUGUUGUAGCGUUGCAGCGAAUAAACUGUCAUAAAUAUUAUGUGU